UCUCCCGACCAAUCACAAGCGCUCUCACGCAAAGAGCUUUAUUUGAGUUUACCCGCACGGAAAGCGUGAUACAAGGAAGAGAAUUGAAUGGAAUGCAGCUGAUUUGAUCCUUGAGGUCACGUGGAGAAGUUUGCUGCAGUGUGGUGUUGGUUCGUCUGUCAGCAGAAAUCCAGCGUGGAAGCGGUCAAUGUCUCUGCUGGAAGACAUCGCCGACCUGCUGAGAUGUGUCCUGGAGUACUUUGGAGUGCCAGCUGACAUGUUGGUUCCAGUAUGGGACAGUACAUAUUGUGGACAGUACCGGAGCAUAGUCCGUAUGAUUGGGACAAACCUUCCCCUCUCUCCUCAGCCCCGACUGCGGUUUCAGAUUCCUUUGCAGACAUUCAAUAGACACGGCCAUAUUGACGUGAUGGUGGACACUCCAGCCAUUCCUACAUUAGCGGAUGUGCUUUGGCUGGUGGAGGAUGAAGGGGACAGCCACACUAAAUUCAGGAAUGUCGUCCCGUUGAGGAAAGCUUUUGAGAUUCCCUCAUUGGGGUCUGAACAUUCAUUGUCCGUGUCCGUCCCGGCUCAGAGGGGAGGCAGGGCACUGGGACAGGGCACCCAGCCAGAGGCCCUGCAGAAGAUCUCCGCUCUGGAAGAGGAACUGCAGAGACUACGCGCACAGAUCGCUAUGAUAGUCUCAGCUCCAGCAGGCCCUUCCGUUCUUCCAGCUGAUCCUGGCACUCCAUGCUCUACUCCUCUACCAGUUCCUGUCCUCACUUCCACUCCUGUCUGUCCUCCACCGCCACCUCCACCACCACUUCCUCCUCUGGCUAUGGGCAGCUGUGUGGAGGUGUCUGUGUCAGAUGUGAUUCGACAAAGACAGUCAGCAAAAAGAGAAAAGCUUGCACAGUGUGGUCCAUCUGCAGGUACAGUGGCUGCUGCCCUGCCUUCCAUGUUAGAGGUGCUGAAAGACAUGAAUCAAGUCAAACUGCGUUCUGUGGAGAGAUCUCCAGGUGGAACUCCAGUAAGGAGACGGAGAAGUAAAGGUUUAGCAUUUUCAUCUGAUCCAGCAGCUCUUAUCGCUGAAGCACUGAAAAGGAAGUUUGCACACAAACAGCGGGACGAUUCGUUUGGUAAAGAGAACUGCUCUGCUGAACCCUCACCUUUCAGCAGUCCAGACACUCCCAGGAUUCUCCCUCACUCCAGACGCAGCCAGGGACGCAUUCACCUUUGACCCUCAACCUUAAAGUCUUUCAGGAACAAAGUUGUGUCAUGGACUGAUGUGACAGACAUAUUUAUUUUUAAUGUUGGUUGCACUGUCUCUCUUUCUCCUUCCCCUUUCUCUCUGAAUUAAUCACAUGGGCCUCCAUCUGAGUACACUGUGCAUGUUUUUGAGAUUUAUGUGCAUACAUCAUAAUUUUUGUACAUGCUGAUUUUUAUUUGUAAAUAUUAUGUACAAUGGGCUUCUUAAUUGUGAAUGACUAGUUAUGAGUAUUGAGACAGGAUGGCAUUAAUUGUAAGAUUCUUAAUCUUAUAAUGCUACAGGUCAGUUUCUUUCAGCCACCAAUGUUGUAUAUAAUUAUGGUGUGAUCUAUGCAAUGCUUCUUUUUUUUUAUACAGAUUUUUUUUUAAGCCUAGUUGAACUAACAAGUUCUCUGAACAAAAUAUCAGUCUAAGUUUCGAACUUGAUGGCACUUGAUUUGCUAAUUAUUUGUUCAUCCAUAUUUCUCCCGUAUUUUCAUCCUUUCCUACAAAGCGCAAAUGCAGUAUCAUAUUCAGAAGCAAUAAACAAGUUAUAAGCCUUUCAGAUAUGUUCAAAGUGUGUGCUAUUGCAUAAUCUAGUUUAUUAUACAGCUGUAUGGAAUACUUAAUUCUGACUGGUUAGUUGCACCAUCCAGCAGUCUGAUUUCCUGAUUUCUUGUAUACAUGUGUAUAUAUAUCCUUAUCCAGGUAACUGAAACUGAUGCUACACAC